GAAAAAAAAAAAAAAAAAACCUCCACACGCCCUGUGCUCCGCUCAGCCACACCGGCGCGGUUUAUUCGCUGGAGGUUCGCUCGCGCUGUCGGGGAAAUAAGGAGGACAUUAUGAGUCGCGCUCGCACGAGCCGCUCGCGAGCACGGCGCCACUGAACGCCGUGGUUGAGAUAAAAGCGCACGCGGCUCCUGCUCAGCUUCUGUUUUGUUCUCGCGCACCGGCUGAGCGCUCGCGCUGCGGUAUCCGCGCACAAGACCAAGGUCCAGAGAGAGAAAGAGAGAGUGCGCGCGAGACACGCAACCGCGAAAUGGUCCUGUGCGUUCUGGGGUUUCUUCUCCUUCCACUGUGUCUCCAGCUGGUCGGGUUGACCGACGGAUCACGAAUAGAAUGUGAGCCAUCGCAAUUCCAAUGUGGGAACGGCCGCUGCAUCCCAUCAGUGUGGCAGUGUGACGGUGACGUGGACUGCACUGAUGGCAGCGAUGAGAACACGUGUGUGAGGAAGACGUGUGCAGCACAGGACUUUGUCUGCCGCAACGGCCAGUGCAUCCCCAAGAGAUGGCACUGCGAUGGAGAACCUGACUGUGAAGACGGCUCGGACGAGAGCACAGACGUGUGUAAUACCAGAACUUGCCGUAUGAAUGAGUUUAGCUGUGGCACAGGCUCCACUUUGUGCAUUCCUGUCUCUUGGAAAUGCGACGGCGAGAGAGACUGUGACAACGGAGAAGAUGAGGCAAGUUGCGGUAACAUCACCUGCUCUCCUCUGGAAUUCACCUGUGCCAGUGGUCGCUGUGUCUCCCAGAACUUUGUGUGUAAUGGUGAGGAUGACUGUGGUGAUGGUACUGAUGAACUGGACUGCGCUCCCUCCUCCUGCGGCACUAACCAGUUCCAGUGCGGCAGUGCAACGUGCAUUCCUAUUGGUUGGGUGUGUGACAAAGACGUAGACUGUCAGGACCAAUCGGAUGAGUCGCCUCUGCAUUGUGGGAGGAACCCCACGCCUCCGGCAAAAUGCUCAGCUAGCGAGACGCAGUGUGGCUCAGGAGAGUGUAUUCACCAAAAGUGGCGCUGCGAUGGGGACGCCGACUGCAAAGAUGGCAGCGAUGAGAGAAACUGCCCUCCGCGCUCCUGUCGCCCGGACCAAUUUAAGUGUGACGAUGGCAGCUGUAUCCAUGGCAGCCGGCAGUGCAAUGGUUUCCGAGACUGUGCUGAUGGCACGGAUGAAGACAACUGCAAAAACUUGACUCAGUGUAGUGGCCCAGACAAGUACAAGUGUCGGAGUGGCGAGUGUAUUGAGAUGAGCAAAGUCUGUAACAAGGUCCGUGACUGCACUGACUGGAGUGAUGAACCAAUAAAAGAAUGCAAUCUGAAUGAGUGCCUCAUCAACAAUGGUGGAUGCUCACACCUGUGCCGCGACUUGGUGGUUGGCUACGAAUGUGACUGUAUACCUGGGUUGCAGCUCAUUGAUCAUAAAACCUGUGGGGAUAUAAACGAGUGUCUGAAUCCUGGGAUCUGUAGUCAGAUUUGCAUCAACCUGAAAGGAGGCUACAAAUGCGAGUGUCAUGAGGGUUAUCAGAUGAACUCCAGCACAGGAGUGUGUAAAGCAGUAGGCAGAGAGCCUUGUCUGAUCUUCACAAAUCGGAGAGACAUCCGGAAGCUGGGACUGGAAAGGCGCGAGUACACACAGAUAGUGGAGCAGCUGCGCAACACUGUGGCCCUGGACGCAGACUUCAAACACCAGAAGAUUUUCUGGGCUGACCUGGGACAGAAAGCCAUCUUCAGUACAUCACUGGACAAACGUAAAGAUGCAAGCAGCCACACCAAAGUGAUUGAUGUCCAAAUGCCUGUGGGGAUAGCAGUGGACUGGAUCUACAAGAACAUCUACUGGUCAGACCUGGGCAGUAAGACAAUAGCCGUGGCCAAUUUCAAUGGCACGAAGCAGAAAGUGUUGUUUGACAGGGACUUAAAGGAGCCAGCUUCCAUUGCAGUGGAUCCUCUCUCUGGGUUCCUUUACUGGUCAGACUGGGGUGAGCCAGCCAAGAUUGAGAAGUCUGGAAUGAAUGGGGUAGACAGACAGGUCCUGGUUGAAACUGACAUUCAGUGGCCCAAUGGUAUUACCCUUGAUCUGAUCAAAAGCAGACUUUACUGGGUGGAUUCCAAGCUGCACACACUGUGUAGUGUGGAUCUAAAUGGAGAUAACCGGAAAAAAGUCCUGCAGUCCCAAGACUACCUGGCUCACCCCUUUGCCCUCACAGUGUUUGAGGAUCGCGUUUUCUGGACAGAUGGUGAGAGUGAGGCUAUUUAUGGGGCAAACAAGUUUACAGGAUCAGAUGUGAUUAUGCUGGCCAGCAACCUGAAUGAACCACAGGACAUUAUUGUCUACCACGAACUCGUACAGCUGUCCGGCACCAACUGGUGCAACGAGAAAGUAGAAAAUGGAGGCUGUUCCUACAUGUGCCUACCAGCACCUCAAAUCAACAAACACUCCCCCAAGUAUACGUGUGUGUGUCCCGAAGGUCAGGAGCUGGCCUCAGACGGCUUGCAAUGCAGAUCAGUGGCAUCUACAGCUGUUCCACAAGAUGAAGGGCAGCCCACACAACCCACACAUCCUCCAGACACUCCAAAAGACACUCCAAAACCCAAGGUCGCAGCGCAGUCAGAGCCCACUGAAAGAAAUCUCAGCACCUCCAUACAUGAGGUGAAAUCAGCCAAAGGAUCAGCUGCAGCCUGGGCAGCUUUGCCAGUGUUGUUGCUGGCCAUGACUGCAGUUGGGGGUUACGUAAUGUGGCGAAAUUGGCAGAUGAAGAAUAAAAAGAGCAUGAAUUUUGAUAAUCCGGUGUAUCUGAAGACUACAGAAGAAGACCUCAACAUCGACAUCAGCAGACACACUGCCUCAGUUGGUCACACAUAUCCUGCUAUUUCUAUAGUAAACACAGAAGAUGACAUGCCAUAACCAGGCCUCUACACUGCUCCUAUUUAUGAACUGUGCACUUGGGACACUCGCCAAACAUUGCUGUUCCAGCAGGCUGACAGUUAGAUGCCUUCUGAAGUGCAUUUCUCCAUUGUUUCUUAGGGGUGGUGUGUGUCUUUUUGUGUGAAAUAUGAUGAUGACUUGCUUCCUUCUCACAAUAAACAUGCCCAAAGCAUUAUGUAACUGAGGAUGUGGCCUUUUACUGAUCCUGCCACAAUCUUGGUCCAUGCAAAAUGAUUGACCAACUUGACAGCUCGCAUUCUUGAGAAGAGAAAUUGGACAGAGACCAAGAAUCUAGACAUGGCUAGUGCUUUUGAGCAUUUUGUGUGAAUGAAUGUUUAGAUGAAAUCUGAAAAUGUAAGUGGUUGUUUUUUUUUUUUUUUUUUAAAAAACCCUGAGGAACAUUUACCUCUAGAAGCACAUUCUUAUAAUGCUUCUUGUGUCCAUCCUGGGGAAAAAUGUAAGUUCUAUAAGAGGAGUGCUGUCGGAACACUUGUAAAAUGCUGUAAAUAUCCCUAACUUAAAGAGUAAUCAGGAUUCUCCAAGCACUUUGGUCAAAUGGUCAUGUGUAAAUAAGAUUGUAUACAAUUGACUGAAACAAUUUUGCUAUGGUGGGGUAUAGUACCAGGGUAGAUUAAAAUGUAUUUAAAAAGGUUUGUUAAACUAUUUUGUAUGUUUGUGCUGUUCCUGUAACUUUUUUAUAGCAUUAUACAGGAAGGAGAAAUUACCUGUAUUGAAGAAAUUUGCAAAUACUUAAAAUAAAAGGACAUGGUCAGUUGUAUAUCA